AAUGGUAACGUUAUCGCAAAUUAUCAGUUUGAUUUUGUAUUUGUUAAGUAAAACUAUAUGCUAUCUGUGUAUUUCUAUUACAAAAUGGAAUUAACACCAUUGAAAAAAUCAUUAAUUUUACCUGAAAAAUUUUAUCAAUAUACCAUGCAGAAUAGUUAUACUAUUGAUUCUAACAAUGAUUCAACAGUUACGACAUUGUCUCAUCAGUGUAGAGAAGAAGCACAGAAUAAUGAGAAACCAACUGAAAGUACCUAUUUAACACCUAAUAGUAAUCAGACAUAUUUUGCUGAUGAAAGAAUUCAUAUACCAGAAACUGAAAAUAGUUUCUUUAGUUUUAGAAAAUUAUGGGCCUUUACAGGUCCUGGAUUUUUAAUGUCCAUAGCUUAUUUAGAUCCUGGAAAUAUUGAAUCUGAUUUACAGUCUGGUGUUGCUGCAAAAUACAAGUUAUUAUGGGUAUUAUUAAGUGCAACCAUUCUUGGCCUUAUUAUGCAAAGAUUAAGUGCAAGACUUGGUGUAGUAACAGGUUUGCAUUUGGCAGAAAUGUGUUAUAGACAAUAUAAAAAAAUACCUAGAAUAAUUUUAUGGAUAAUGAUAGAAAUAGCUAUAAUUGGUAGUGACAUGCAAGAAGUAAUAGGCACAGCUAUUGCUUUGUCUUUAUUAACAAAUAAAACGAUUCCUAUAUGGGGUGGUGUUCUUAUUACAGUAAUUGACACUUUUACAUUUUUAUUAUUGGACAAAUAUGGUCUAAGAAAAUUAGAACUUUUUUUUGGAUUUCUUAUCACAGUAAUGGCUAUUACAUUUGGAUUUGAGUAUAUAGUUUCUGCUCCACCUGAAAAUGAAGUAAUAAGUGGAAUGUUUAUACCUUGGUAUAAAGAUUAUGACAGGAAUAUGUUACUACAAGCUGUAGGAAUUGUUGGUGCAGUUAUAAUGCCACAUAACUUGUAUCUUCACAGUGCUCUUGUUAAAUCAAGAGACAUUAAUCGUGAAGAAUCCAAAAAAGUAAAAGAGGCAAAUAUGUAUUAUUUCAUUGAGGCAUGCAUUGCACUUCUGGUAUCUUUUAUAAUUAAUGUAUUUGUUGUUGCGGUAUUCGCAGAUGGACUUUAUAAUAAAACUAAUUUAGAAGUUUACAAUCUUUGUAAGGAUAACAAUUAUACUCUAGGAAUAGAUACAUUUACAAAAGAGAAUACUACUAUUUCAAUAGAUCUUAACAAAGGUGGCAUAUUUCUCGGUUGUGCAUUUGGUGCAGUAGCAAUGUAUAUUUGGGCAGUUGGUAUUUUUGCUGCUGGUCAGUCUUCCACAAUGACAGGAACGUAUGCAGGACAAUUUGCAAUGGAAGGAUUUUUAAAUCUGCAAUGGGCUCGUUGGAAACGAGUUCUCUUUACGCGAAUGAUCGCUAUUGUUCCAACUUUUCUUGUUGCAUUUUUUAGUAAUAUAGAUAAUUUAACUGGCAUGAAUGAUAUCUUGAAUGCUAUUAUGACUCUUCAAUUACCUUUUGCAACAUUGCCAACAAUAGCGUUUACCAGUAGUUCUCAGAUUAUGGGUGAAUUCCGAAAUGGAAUAGUUAAUAAGAUUGUUGCAACUAUAUUAUCUGUUAUUGUAAUAACUAUAAAUAUAUAUUUUGUGAUAAAUACUGUUCAAGAAGAUUUACCACAUCACUGGGCGGUAAUACUUGCCAUUUCUAUAUAUUCUAUUUUGUAUCUCCUAUUUUGUUUGUAUUUGACUAUUCACAUGGCUGUGAGUAUGGGCGCAACUUCUCUUGGUAAUCAUUGGCUUGUAAAAAAAUAUAUUGGAAAUCCUGUAAGUACAAAACUUGGAUUAUCAAAUCCUGCAAUAUAUGCAAGGUCUAAUCCAGCAUUUAAUAUUCAAGAAAAUUGGUCUGGAAACUUUACUACAAUACCAGAAUAUUGAGAGAAUAUUAUUGCAAAUAAAACGUGAUAAAUAAUAUUUAAUACUCGUGAUUCGUACUGCUAAAUUUUAUUAGAAUUAUACAAAAUUAAAAA